AUGCUCGACUGGUUCUUAAGCACUCUAACGCCGACCCCCACCGCCACUGCCACGGCGGACACGUCUCGUAAGUUUCGCAAGAGUUACUCAUUUCCGCAGGGCAUAAGUGUUCGGAUUGCGAAAUAUUUGAGCCAAAGUCAUAAAAUUCAAAAAACCUGAGUUAAAGUUGGCCAUGUAAUCAACAAAUGUACUUUCAGAGAUGCCGAGCACCGCUGAAAUCAUACAAAAAUGUUUGAAUGUGAACCCGUUUGAUCUGAAGUUUCGAGAAGCCAAUAUGCAAAUAAACGGGCAAGGUCCUGAACAGACUCCUGACAGUGGUGGCCAGAUAAACCUGCCCACCACGCCGUCAGGACUGUCCAUGCUCAAGUUGCCGUCGACUUUGGCACAGUCGCCAAGCAUCUUUUCGAACCUCAACGUUCUGAAUGCAGCUGACUUGGAGAACGGUCUUCGGAAAACAAUGGACUUUCAGCGAAAAGUACAACAAGUCAGUGUUUUCAAAAAUUAAAAAAAUUCUAAUUUAAAGUCUAUUGUAUUCUUUUCAGCUCCGUGACAAUGCAAAUCUGGUCAAGCAAGAGGGCAAUCGAACACCGUGCACGGCGGAUGUUCUGAACGCUGUUCUCGACAUGAAUAUGAAUCAUCUCGGGAACGGCCCAAUCUCGAUUCCGUCGACCUCUUCGUUGGUGGCUGGACUAGCUGCCGCGGCUCAAAGCGUCUCAACCAUGGCUCAAAGUACAGAUGCCGCCAAGGUGCUCAACACGGUGACCUCUGCGGCUACAGAACCGAUUGUGAAGGAGCUGAAGGCACUUGAUGCCACAACUUCUUCUGCGGCUUCUGACGAAAGCAGCGCUUCUACUUCUAAUAUUGUACCUCAGCCAACCGUCUCUUUCACAGCGGCCGACGUAACGGCUUCGGCGCCGGCUGAUGUGCAACACAACUCGGGUCUUCUCCACGCGAACAGCAUCUCCAACAUGAUCUCUAACUCCAGCUCGCUGAGUACUCUUAAUCCUUCUGUAAAUAAUAGUAUGCCUAAUCUGCAUAACAAUUUCAACUCUAAUCCCGGAACUACGGCUGGCCCAGCAUCCAAUGGAAUGCUGAGUGCGCGGGCCAGUCCAGCUUUGAAUGUGUCGCCCAGAAACAAUGUCUUGGAGUAUGUUAUGUUGGAUUUUUCAGUAAAAUAUUUACUUGUGGAUGUCUUUCAGUAACAUUUAUUGAUAAGCAGUACCUUUUUAAUAAAAAAUGUAGGCUGUUUCAGUUUAGCGUUAUUCAAUAAUGUUAUUUUAAUAUUUUAGUCUGAACAAGUCGCUUCUUCCCAAUGGAGUCAACGACUCUCUGUCGUGUAUCAACAAUGACUGGGAUUCGUUGAAUGAUGUGAAGCCGUUGAUCAACAAACAACCUUACAGUACAUACGAAACCCUUCAUGGUAGACUCGAGCUGAACACUAGUGCCCCAGGAAGUGAAAUUGGUUCUCAACCCAACUCUCACGUCAGCGAUGGAGCUACCAAGAGGAAAUACGCUCGUUACCACAAUCCCGGGUAUGUCGAAGACAUUUUAUUUUAUUUGAAAAUAUUUUAUUGAAAAGAGCUUAUCUUGUGUAACAUAUAGCUAUUACUACAACAUUUGCUUUUUCGAAUGUUUAAGUAAGGUCGUACAUUACUGCACGUGCUACACUUAGGUGUAAGCGUGUGUGAAUUUGUCGUGAAAAUAAUUGGGAGAAUUUAUUAAAAGUGUUGUAGCUAUAGCGUGACAGUGAAAUAUCGUCUAAUGUCUAAGACAUUUUCCUAUUAAUAACGUGUAAGUAAAGUAAUUACUUUUGCGAAAUCUCUAUAUAAAUGCCGCUAAUUCCACUUACAAUUCUGGCACUUGACAAUUUACACGGUUAUAAUUAUAUUUUUGCCAGUAAGUAACAAUUUUGUCGUAACUUAAAAAAAAAGCAAAUAAAGUUAUGAUUAAGUUGUGGGCGCAACUAAAAAGUGUUUUUCUCAGUCUGCAGGAGCAACUUUAUAAGCUCAAAGUUCUUAAAUUUGCUAAAAACUUGAGAAAUUUAAAAAUGUACUCAGAGACACACAAAAGAGUAACUAAUAUGAAUAUUAUCAUAUACUUUCUCUUAUUUUAAUUAAAAACUAAUUCAAUGAAUAUUCAAAUACCUAUACCACAAUAAGAAUGAAUAUUGCAGAAGCAAUGAGAGUCAGACCACGCAGAGCAGUGGCAGAGGCCGUGGCAGACGUUCCUUGACUAGCGAAAUGCCACCUGACGAACGGCGAAUGACCAUUCUGGAGCGAAACAAGGCAGCCGCGGUAAGAUACCGUAAGAGGAAAAAGGAAGAGCACGAUGACAUGAUCACACGAGUCCAGACACUAGAACAAGACAAGGUGAGUCAGCCAAAGCCAGUCCACUAAUCCUGUUUGUAGGUAUACCUCCAGACACAGAACUCCGUGCUGAGGCGAGAAGUGGAGCGACUGACCGAGCUGAUGAAGAUGCGCGAUGCACGAUGUAUUUGUCGCAGCUCAAACGGCCUGCCACUCUUCAAUGGCAGCGAAAUCAACGACCCGUCGCUGACCGCCGAACCCAAGAACAUGUCGGGCAUGGCUUCGAAUCCACUUGAUCACAGUCAGUUCCUACUCCAAAACAACUAA